GGCUCCCCCUUCCGUAUAUUAUGGUCCAGACCUACAAGAUACAGGGUCACUUUAGUGACAUUGCUGCAGUCUUAUUGAACACUUCCCAACCAGCUUAGCCGUUCUGUAGCGCUGGAAAUAGUUUUGGAAUCAACAUGCCGUCCAUUGCAUUCUAUCUGUUGGGGGAAAAACCUUCGACUGCUCGUGUCAUUGAUAUUCCCGAGGGCGUCGACGAGGAGAGCCUGCAGCACAUAAUUGCCUCUCAUUUUGCAAUUGUCCAGCCUCAAGGGAUUGGCUUCAACUCUCGAGAAUCGGUUCUCGCGUCCGUCGCAGAUGUUUUGUCCUACGGGCAGCAAGAUGCUGUUGCAAUCACCAUCGACGGCAAAGCUGUGCGGCCUGUUCCCGGCCCGCCGGGACUCCCAUUUAUUGGCAACUACCUCGAGAUAUAUCCCGACCACGUCGGAAACCACCAGCGGCUGCAUGAUAAAUAUGGACCCCUAAUCAAGGAGACCAACAUGGGCAGCGUGAUAUAUCAUACCAACGACCCGACCCUCGGCACAAUCGUGUUCAACGAAAGCGAUUUCUUCACCAAGAACAUCAUCCCAGGCCACCCUCUACGCCCAAUCAAGAACGAACAUGCCGGCAUAUUCGUGUCUGAUACCGACACUGAAGAGUGGCGGAUAAAUCACAAGUUCUUGUCGCCUGCGCUUGGUCCCAAGGCAGUGCGGCACUACCAACCCAUGAUGCAAAAGGCCGUUGAGGACACUUUCCAGGUAUUCGACGAGUUUGACAGGCGCGAUGAGGCCUGGAACGUCUGGCCAUAUAUGCUGAAGCUAUCGUCGACAAUCAUAGGCAAGCUGGUGCUGGGCUUUGAUUUCGACCAUUUCUCGUCUCCUGAUGCACCAAUGCAUGACGUGAUCCAACUCAUCGUCAAGUCACUUGAGCUUAACAAGAGGAUAUCAUCCGUGGGCCAGUGGUACGGAAAGAUGCCGUUUGGUAGCCCACUGAUGCUCAUGCAUUGCCGCUGGCGCAUCUUCCAGAUUGUGAAUCAGGCCAUCGAGGAGGCCUCGAUCGGCAUCGAGGAUCUCGAGCUUCAAGAUGCUGCUCUCAAGGCAAAGCAUCUAAUCGAUUAUUGCCUACGUGCCACGGAUAACAAGGGCAAGAAGAUGCGCCGGGAUCGCCUCAUAGAGCCUUUAGUAGUCACCAUUGCUGCUGGAUUCACCACAACGAGCUCACUGCUGGCCUGGCUCCUAUAUGCGAUAGUUACAUACCCCGGCGUGCAGGAUCGCCUGCUACAAGAGCUGAUUGACAAUGGAUUCCAAGAGGACACAAUAGUCACGGUGGAUCUGAUCAACAAGCUCCAUUUCCUUGACAAUCUCGUCAAGGAAACACUCCGGCGGCAUAGUCCAUCGUUCCAAGCGGCAAGGACGUCCAGGGUGGACAUGAUCUUGCCAGGUGGAUACAAGCUACCCAAGGACUCCAUCGUGAUUCCCGGUGUCUUCCACAUCCACAACAACCCGGAAAUCUGGGACAACCCGCGCCGCUUUGACCCGGACCGCUGGGAUUCCGAGGAGGUCAAGACGCGGCCUCCAGGAUCCUACAUACCCUUCGCGUCGGGCCAGCGCAUGUGCAUCGGUAACAGCUUCGUUUUGCAGGCGGUCAAGGUCUUUAUCCCCAAGCUCGUCUAUCGGUACGAGUUCAGCAAGGCAAAGGAAGAGGCCGUCGCGUACGAGCCCUUCUUCCAGCUUAUCCGGCCGACAAACUUGUACGUCCGCGCUGAGCGGAGAGUCAAGUGGCCUCCAAAGACAGAAUUGUAG